CUUCUCUCAUCACAUAUUUUCGCAACCUUGAGCAGAGAUUCUAGAAAAAAGAAAGAAAGAGUGACUCUUUGUUUCUCUCAGCUGCUGCACAAGGUUUCUUUAAGAAAAAGAAGAAGGAAACAAAAACUUCUACUGCUGUUAAGUUCAUUCUCUUGAGUUUCUAUUACAAUGGCUCGUUCUUCCUCAAACGCAAAGGUCAUCUCUGGCUUGAUCAGCAGGGCGAUCAACGGCAGAGGAUUCUCAGCUGUUGCAUCACAAGGAGCUGCUGUGCCCAAGGCAAGAAGCGGUGCUGAUGCCAUGGUGAAGAAAACAGGGGAGGAGGUUGGCAAGUCUACCGAGAAGACUUCCUGGGUUCCAGAUCCUCGUACUGGAUUCUACAGACCAGGGAAUGUUGCUGAGGAAAUCGAUGAGGCUGGAUUACGUGCUUCCCUCUUGAAGAAACAUUGAGAAAUCACUAUCUAAUCUUAUUAAUAAAAUUUGAUUACUAUAUCAUGUUCUACGGUACAAAACGAAGGAUCGAUGGAUGCAUGUGUUUUGUGGGGGUGGUUCUGAUGCAUUGGCCGCGGGGGCUAUCGGUGUGUGUGCAAGAAAAAAAAAAAAACAGAUCUUGGCUCGAUUCGAUUAUUGUUAUGGCAUCCGUCUCUGUCCUCUCUCUGUUCAAGGGACAGAAUUCGCAGAUAUCUUACAGAUGUAAUAUCUCUUCCUAUAAAUCUAUCAUGCAAUUACAGCUUAUUUAUUAGACGAGAUCUCAAA